AUGGUACUCGUGUCGAUCCUCGUCGCCCUCAGGGCAGCGCUGGUGGUACGGAUGAUCAUCCCCGACUGUGACGAGACCUAUAACUACUGGGACCCCUUAAACGUUGUGCUUCGCGGGUUCGGCAAGCAGACGUGGGAAUAUAGCCCCGAGUACGCCAUCCGGCUGUGGGCCUAUCUUAUGGUGUACGCGGUGCCGGCGUGGAUUGCCAGCAAACUAGGGGUGAGUGACCAGUGGCUCUUUUACGUGGUGAGGCUGGCAAUCGUGUUAUUCACCGUAUGGGGCGAGAUUACCUUAUACCGGCUGAUACGGCGCCAGUUCGGUAAAGAGGCGCUGAAUUGGUUUAUGGUGUUUUCCGCAGCACUGACGGGGAUGGCGCACGCUGGGGUAGCGUUAUUACCCCUGCUGUGGGCGUUGCAGACCCAGUUGGUGGCGGUGGCGGCGGCAUUGGACGGCCACUACUUGACGCUGGUGGUGUGGCAAUUUGUCGGUGGUUUACUUGGCUGGCCAUUUGCUCUUGCCUUGGGCGUUCCUGUGGGAUUGACCGUGGUUAUUCGUCGUCAGUUUAACACGGUGGUGGGCGCUAUAUUGGCGUUUACUUUGAUUUGCACGCUGUUGGUGGCGGUGGACCUGUACUACUAUGACCGGCUUGUACUUGUCCCCUGGAACAUCGUUAAAUAUAAUGUUUUAAGUGGUGAUGACGGGGUGGGCCCCGAGAUCUUUGGCACUGAGCCGUGGACUUAUUACCCUGUGAAUUUAGUGCUUAACUUCCACGUGGUGGCGGUGGCAGGGUACCUUGGCGCCGUGGUAAACUACUUCUUUUACAACCCGAAACGAGUAUGGUUGGUGCUGGCUCCGUUGCUCAUUUGGCUGGCCAUCUUCUUCACCCAGCCGCAUAAAGAGGAACGGUUUCUUUAUCCCAUCUACCCGCUUGUGGUGGCUAAUGCCGCAUUAUUAGCGGCUGCGGUGGGUCGGUAUGUCCGUUCUCGAUUGCUUAAAGUGGUGGCAGCGGUGGCAGUAACGGUGGUCUCGUGUUUACGUACCGCUGCCUUGAUCCUUCAUUACCUGGCUCCGUUAACGGUAAUGUCGACGUUCUGGGAUGGGAAUGAAACCACUUCUGUCGAUCAACACAAAUCAGUAUGUGUGGGUAAAGAAUGGUACCAUUUCCCCACGCUGAUGCUUUUACCGGAAAACUACCGAUUGGAGUAUAUUGACCUGGGCUUUGACGGACUCUUACCGGGUCUGUUUGCUGAAGGUCUGCUGUUGAAGCUGAGGGCUUCCGUGGUUCCUGAAGGGAUGAAUAACCGCAACCAGUAUGAUCCCCUGAAGGUGGUACCCGAGUCUCAAUGCGACUAUCUCAUUGAGCUGGGUGCUGGCGAAGACUUAAAGGGGUGGACCCGCAAACAGUGUGCUCAGAUGCUUGAUCCAGCACAACCUCAGGGGUGGGGCCGUCUCAUUUAUUUGCCCAUAAAUCGCGGCAAGGUGAACGCGAUGGACUACUGUGUCUACGAACGUGAUGCGUCGGUAUAA